AUAAUAAUAAUUAUCAUAUAAUAUUAUUACCAAUUGGAUACAACACAAUUGUGCUUUAUAUGUAAAUAAAAAUAUAUAUUUAAAUACAAAAAAAAAAAAUAAAUAAAUCAAGUGACAUUUUGUUUUGUUAAUAAUUAUUGGAUAAUAUGGCACAAACGUGUAAUCAAAAAAGAAAUUCACAAUUAUAUUCAAUUGAUCAAAUACUUGGACACGGAAAAGACGAUGUUUUAAUUGUAAAUUUAUUAGGUAAUUCAAAUCCUUCGGAGAAUGCUGGUGAUAAUGGUGAUUCUGAUGGUUUGAUACAUCUUCGUGAUCAUCAAAUGCAUGAUCCAAUUGAACUCGGUGAAUCUGAUAGGCCAAGAAAAGUAAGACGUUCAAGAACAACUUUUACAACUCAUCAACUUCAUCAAUUAGAAAAAGCAUUUGAAAAAACACAAUAUCCAGAUGUUAGUUAUCGUGAGGCACUUGCAUCAAGUCUUGAGCUAUCAGAAGCUCGUGUACAGGUAUGGUUUCAAAAUCGUCGAGCUAAAUGGAGAAAAAAGGAAAAAACUAUGGGACGUGAUCCAAGCUAUAUGCAUGUUGGUCAAGGAGAUGUCAAUGAUUUGUCAUUCCACGCGCAGUUGCUUCAAACAGCUGGUUCUAAUCCAUCAGCUCCACCUGUAUCAGGUUUUCCCUGGAUUGGUCCACCAGUAUUUCCAACACCAUGGUCAUCAAAUACACAAAAAUUACAACCAUUUCAUGCAUUAUUAUCUCACUACAUUGGGCUUCCGCAGGGUCUUGCAUCACUUGGUUCAAUAUUACCAUUUGGCUUUAAUUCAAAUGUUUUUGCUCACAAUCAAUUGCAACAACAACAACAGCAGCAGCAACAACAACAGCAACAACGUGAACAACUUCAGCAACAUUCAUUAUUUCUUGAUGCACAAAAUUCACCUCAAAAUUUGAGCUCGAAAGAUCAACAAGAACGUGAUGAUGAAUCAGUGUCAUCAGACGACGAAAUAAGACGACAAAGUGCACAGGUACUUAGGGUAAAAGCUGAAGAAAUUAUACGUAAAUCUGGCAAUUAAUUAUGACAAUCAAUACCGCAGGCGGUUUGGUCAAUAAUUAUUUAUAUAUACAUAAUAUUAUUGCCUCAAUCAUCAUUGAU